CUUCAAGGCGUCCAAAACCGUUUGGAGGGGCUUCCUGCACCUCAGAUUGCUGGAUCCUCAUCGCUGAAGCGAAAGCGUGGCGCGGCAGAGCACUCUGGCCAGCGUGAUCGCGACCAGCUGUGUAAGUCCCCGUUAGCCCGAACAGCACCGACAAAGGGCGUUGAUCGCGCUCGAGCGGAGGAAAGUGGCCAGGUCGGUUCAAUGAAGAGCAGUUCGGUCAUACGCGAGGACUCUGAGAAAGAUGAUAUUCGACCCAAAGAGUGUGGGCAUCAAGCAGGCUCGCCACAGCCGUGGUAUCAGAAGCAACAUUGCCAUGGUUGCCUUCGUACGAUGUGAGUCUGUACGCGAUAGAAUGCACCUAGGUCGUCUCACUCAUCUUGAUAGAUCGUCAACCAGCCGCAAGCUCCAAAUGAUCACCAGUUCAAGGAACACUCUCGUGUUCAAGCCACAGACACCUGAGGCGUCGUGCGCACAAGCACCUGUGGUGGACGAGCAUAUGCUCUUCACUUGCGGUGUGGAAUUCAAGGACCUGCGCCAUCGUCUGGAGACGGCUAGUGAGGAGAACGGCUUCAGAGGCAUUGAGCUGGCUUCGUGCACUUUUUCCGCUGCGGAUCGCGGGUUCUUGUCGAACAAGUCUGGCGAUUGGCGUUACCCAGGUGCCAAGAUACGUGGACCGAAAGACAACUUGCCUCCACUGACCUUCACAUCGAGUGGCCCGUUAUCCAUGCAACUUUGCGAGACCAAUGUCAAGGGUCCCGACGGCAAGACGAGGACGUGGAUGUGGCUUCGUAUUCGCAAACCCAUGGUACACCAUGAGGGACCCGGCAUGCCGGAUGGAAUGAGCGAUAUACCCGACUCUGAGUUCAUCAUGGCAGUGCCUUCACUCCAAGUGGCUCUGCUCGGCGAUGAAUAUAUCACCUGUGUCGAGCAUCUGCCCACUCCGCCUGAACGAAAGGCAUUCGUCUUCCGACGGCCAGCGAAUGCGGCCUAUGGGACCCCAUCGCCGACACCUGUGAGCCCGAGCUCGCAACGCAGCCUGACUUUCCAGCUCAGUAAGGACGGCAUUCCAUCGUUUGGGUUCUCGGAUAAGCCCCCAAUCGCCAGCUACGUUGCAGGCCACAAUUUCCUGCACAUCAACGAUGUCGGCCGGCAUUGCGCUGAUCCUGCGAGCAUCCGGCAAUGGUGGGAUGCUUUUGAUAGACAGGCGUGGAUGCAGCAAUGGCAUUUCCAGGAGGUGGCGCAAGCCAUGUCCAAAUAUGAGUGCAUUCUGAAGGUCGAGGCGCUCAAAGGUGCUGACUGGGUCACAAUGCCGCCCAAGGCAUCUGUUUGACACGGACCAAAAGGGGCUCAUCGCCGCCCAGGGCUCGUUCAUGACGGUUGAUAUUGAGGCUUUCGCACAUUGAAAUGGGCAUUCGAAGCGUUUUAUUCUGGGCACUGAUGACUGGAUUGAAGGUUAACGAUUCAACGACUUUACGAUAUAAACAAGAAGGAAUUGGAGCGACGACACGAGCGCGUGGGUUUUGUUUUGGGAUUCAGUGAUUGAUCAAAGACACAAUUGGGUUCCAGCGUUUGCUUCUUUAUCAAACAUACUUAGCGAAGAUCUAGACUAGAGUUAUCCUUAUACCUUGAUUGGGCUGAUUGCCCCCUUUGCGACUCUGCCCCUGAAUUGACGUGGAUCUCGGGUCGUCCAGGCGAUGAACAGACACGGCGCGGAUUAACUCGGCCUCCGGCAGAAUACCGGUCCCCGCGAAAAAGCUGCCCCGGCGGGCGGUAACUUU